CUGAGAUGAUUGUGUGCUCUUAACUAAUCCUGAGUAGGGUAGCAAGUACACCAGCCUUCUAAUGCUGCUUCUGCAAGCUCCUCUGUCAGAAGUCAUUUCAACUCAAUCGAAGCAUGAAUGAACCAUACAGCCCACCUGCUCCCCCGGCUGGGAAUACUGUCUCUGCGGCCACCGUGAAAAUCGUUAUGUUUUUACUUACUCUUUUUGUUAUUGCUCAGACUAUUGGAACGGCGUUUUUUGGUGUCUACCUUCAUAGGAGGCUGGACGAGGUAGAAAAGGAGAUACAUCAACAAGACGGCUAUUUGUUCAUGAGGAUACUACAGGAAUGCAACCAGAAAGACUCCUCCACGUUCCUGAACUGCCAGAAAAUUCUAGCCCACUUUCAGAAGCCGUUUAAGCCUGAAGAGAGCCCAACAAAGGAGACCUUUGAGAAGCAGAAAGGGGAUCAGAAACAGCUACCGAUUGCAGCUCAUCUGACAAGUAACACCAACAGUAAAUCAACAGCUGUUCUACAGUGGGCCAAAAAAGGAUAUUACACCGUGAGCGACUCAUUAUCCUAUAGUGAUGGGAAAUUGACAGUCCAAAGCUCAGGAUUUUACUAUAUCUAUUCCCAAGUCACCUUUUGUUCCAACCGAGAAACUUCCAGUGAGGCACCAUUUAUCGCCAGCCUUUGCCUGAAAUCGAGCGGAUCAGAGAGAGUCCUCCUCCGAGCAGCAAAUACCCACACACCCUCUAAACCUUGUAGGCAUCAGUCAAUUCGCCUGGGAGGAACAUUCGACCUGCAACAAGGUGCUUCGGUGUUUGUCAAUGUGACUGAUCCCACCCAAGUGAGUCACGGGACAGGAUUCACGUAUUUCGGUUUAUUUAAAUUGUGAAAAAAAAAAUGUAACUCCUCAUUAUGUGGCCAAAGAUGAUGCCAUCAAUCUUCGCCAUAUAGAAAAAAGCAGUUCAAACUAAACCCUUUGGAACUGA